CAGUGCGCACCGAGCAGUGCGUUUUUCGUUGAUAAUUUUUAAAUUUAUUUAUUAGUUUAUUGGUUCGAAAGAGAGCUGCCCCACCUGUUUUUGACCCCGCCCGGGCACCCUCGGCCCACCGCCUCGCACGCGUACUAUCGGAUAUCGAUAUCUGCUGACGGUAAUUGGAGAACGUUUUUUCCAUUUUAUCUCCUCCUUUUCCCACUUCGUUUCGUGCCCUGCCUCCGCUCCCGCUGCCAGUUCCAGCAGCUAGCCGUGUGUGUUGUGUGUGUCUGUGAAAUCGCAUAAAGAUCGCAUCGCAUAUGGGCGACGGCCCAAAUGCAAUAAGAAUGUGUGUGCAAUAAUAUAAAAGGAACGGAACGGAAGGGCCUGUGCCUGGUUCGGUUCGGUUGGGUUGCUGCCCAAAACAUGAAAAUGGUGCUAGACGACGCCGUGCCGAGCUGGCAUAUUUUGGCCCUGUCUAAAUGACGUCACAAGCGUAACAAGUGCAACAGACAACAAUGACCGAUGAGCAUAAAAGUAACAACAACAGCAGCAACUCAAACUCCAACUCCAGCAGCAGUAAUAUCAACAACAACAACAACCAGAAUACCAACAACAGUAACAGCAACGCAAAUAGCAGCAGCAGCAGCAACAACAACGGCAACGAAAGCAACAACAACUGCAGCAUAAUUGCAGAGGCGGCAGCCAAGUUUUUACUGAAAAAUGGUCUGAACGGCAGCUUUCCCGUGCCACCGCCCCAGACGACCAGGACGCAGACGCUAACGACGACGCCGACGCCCUCAUCCAGCUCCAGCUCCAGUCACCCCUCAAAUGGCUUUUUGCCGCAUGCCAGCACGCCCACAGCCAAGACACCCAGAAGAAGCAGCAACAGUAUGGCGGCCUCCGCUGCGGUGGCCGCGUCAAGCGUUGGAGCUCUCGCUAAGCCCAGCGUCGAUGUCCUGGGCGGCGUUCUCGACUACAGUUCCUUAGGCAGUGCCGCCGCUGCAGCCGCUGGUUCUCUGCCGCCCACGGGCUCGGCAGCGGUACCGGGAACGGUAACCGCGAAGAGCGGCAAGGGCAGCGGGAUCGGCUCCAGCGCCAGCUCCAGUUCCAGCAGCUUUGAUAUGGGCAGGCAUCCGAUAUCUACUCACAGCAACAGCAACAACAGCUGGGGCGGCUACGGUGGCCGUUUGCAGUUCUUCAAAGAUGGCAAGUUCAUAUUGGAACUGGCACGCUCCAAGGAGGGCGAUAAGAGCGGCUGGGUCUCGGUCACGCGCAAAACCUUUCGCCCGCCCUCGGCUGCCACCUCGGCCACUGUGACUCCGACGUCGGCGGUGACCACAACGUAUCCAAAGAACGAGAAUUCCACAUCGCUAAGCUUUUCGGAUGACAACAGCUCGAUACAAUCUUCGCCCUGGCAGAGAGAUCAGCCCUGGAAACAGUCCAGACCCCGUCGCGGCAUCUCGAAAGAGCUGUCGCUGUACUAUCAUCGUCCCAGAAACAGUGCGUUGGCCGCACCUGCGCUCCAAACAGCCUCCCGUAAGCGGCGACGACCCCAUGAGCCACUGUCCACAAGCGAGGAGCAACAGCCCAUCUUCGAGACAGCUGUGAAAGUGGAAAAUGGCGACGAGACGCUUAAAGCGGAAGCUUCACCAGAGACAGAGACAGGUGAAGGUGGCGCCACGGCGGUAGCCUUAGAAAAUGAGAUUAAAACUAACCAAGCUGAAACGAUCAAAGCCAAGGAAGAUGUUCCAGGGCCCAAUAAGGAGCCCAAGGUGGAGGAGAGUGAUGAUAACGAGUCAGGCGAAGCGGUGCCCACUCCAAAGGUUGAGGCACAGCCAAAAGACGAGACUAUGGAGAAGAUGAACACAAGCGAGGAUGAGGAGGUCACGCCACCGCAUCCGGUAUUGGUCAGCUCGAGUGCCGUGAACGGUGGUGGCGGUGGUGACCUGAACGGCAACACGAAGGCGGUUCUCGGAAAAACAAAGCCGAAACCCCGGCCUAGGCUAAGCAAUAUCAUUCAAAAACUAAUUGAUGGCGUGCCAGCACGCCUUGAGCAAAUGUCCAAGACACCGGCAGCAGCAGUAGCCACAGCGACAACAGAGCGUGGCGGUGGCGGAGCAAUUGGCAGUCUAAGUCACUCUUUGACGCACAAGGUCUCUCCUCCCUCGUCGGCAUCGCCAGCCAGUCGUCUAGUCGAGUACCACCACCAGCACGUGUCGCCUCGAAAACGCAUCCUUCGCGAGUUCGAGAAGGUGUCGCUGGAGGACAACGGCUGCGUGAAUAACGGCAGCGGAGGGGGAAGCACAGGCAGCGGAGCAGGCGGCAAAAGAAGCCGUGCAAAGGCUUCGACAUCGUCAACGACUGGCAAGGCGGCGCCUAUGAAUCUGGCCCCGCCUCAAGGUAAGCCAAAUCCCAGUCCCGGUUCCAGCGCCGCCAGUACAUCGCCAGCCGCUGUGUCCGCUCCACCAACUCGGCUAAACAGCUCCUACAGCAUCCAUUCGCUGUUAGGUGGGUGCAGUGGCAGCAGUAGCUCUUCCUCUUCCUCUGCUAAGAAGAGCGCCGACCACCCGGCCGCCAUUAUCAGCAAUGUGCAUCACCCGCACCACACCCUGUACCAGCACAGCUCCACGAGCUAUCCACGCGCCCUGCUCAGCUCUCCCAAAUCUCCGGAUGUGAGUGGCAGCAAUGGAGGUGGCGGGGGAAAGUCUCCUUCCCAUGCUGGAGCCAAGAAGCGUUCGCCACCGUACACGGCGGGGUCACCGUUACCCGUGGACUAUGGUCAGUCUUUCUACAGGGAUCCCUAUGCAGCAGCGGGCGCGGUGGCAGGUCGUCCUUCCACAACGAGCUCGGCGUCGCAAGACCUUUCGCCGCCUCGCUCAUCACCAGCUUCGCCUGCCACCACGCCGCGUACAGUGCCCAAAAAGACUGCAUCGAUUCGUCGGGAGUUCGCCUCGCCGUCGGCCAGCAGCAGUAGUUGUCCUUCGCCCGGUGACCGAAGUACCUCGCCACCGGACCGCAGGCAUAUGCAGCAACAACAGCAGCAGUCGCACCUGCAGCGCAGCUCGCCACUCCAUUACUACAUGUAUCCGCCGCCGCCCCAAAUGAACGGCAACGGUUCGAGUGGCAGUCCGACCUCGGCACCCGGUACGUCCGGAAGCGCAGCUGCGGCAGCGGCGGCAGCAGCAGCGGCCGCAGCCGCCUACAUUCCCUCGUCGCUAUACCACCCGUACAUAUCCACGCUGGCGGCCCUGCGGCAUCCGCUUUGGAUGCACCAUUACCAGACAGGAGCGGCGCCUCUGCUUUCUCCACAUCCGCAGGCCGGCAGCUCGGCGGUUUCUGCUGCUGCUGCGAGACUGUCGCCACCAUCGCCGUAUCAUGCAUUUCCCUACAACGGAGCGGCCGCUGUGGCGGCAGCUGCAGCUGCUGCCGCCGCCUUUGGGCAGCCAGGUCCCAGUCCUCACACCCAUCCGCACCUGGCCCAUCAUCCUCACCAGCAUCCGCACCCGGCUGCAUUGAUCACCACCACCCACCACUCGCCCGCUCACAUGGCCACGCCAAAACUGACUGAUAGUAGUACCGACCAAAUGUCUGCAGCGUCCAGUCAUCGCACCGCCUCCACUUCGCCGACCAGCUCGAGCGCUUCCGCCUCCUCCUUGGCGGCCGCUCCUGGCGCCAGCUCCUCCGCAAUGUUUCAUACUAGUAGCCUAAGGAAUGAACAAAGUUCAGACUUACCACUGAAUCUGUCAAAGCACUGAGACAUACACACGCCCCAGCUGCCCCAGUUUCUGGGCCAACCAUUGAGUUAAGUACAUUACCGCAUGAGUAGCGCUUAAGACGACAUUCAACUACACGUAAAAUUAUCUCAUAAGUUUGCUGCUAGUUUAGUUUUAACCUAAUUGUUUUAGCCUAACUCUAAUCUCGACUAAGGCCCAAAAUUAAAACUACAAAUAUGAAAAAAGGGAAGGAAACUACGAAAAAGAAACUCAAUCAAGUGUUUUUUAGCCGUUCCAAAAACGUUUCUAUAUAAUCAGUUAAAAAAAAUGGAAUUUUGACUAACAUAUUUAAUAUGCUAAGGAACUUCAUUCUAUGCCAACUAAUGAAAAUACAACUAUUUACAGCAUUUUUCUGUAGGAUGUAUAAAAUGCAAGUCUUGAAGAAUCUCAAAAAAAAAAGAGUUACGUUUUUUUUCAUCAAAACAUUUCCUUGAAACAGACUGAACCUGAAUUUUUUUAUAAAAAAAAAACAUAAAACACCUAAGUUA